GAAGUCGACAGGUCGUCUUCGAGCUCGUAACAAUAUUAUAUUAUAUUUAUGACGCGCCGAAACCGUACCGGUUGACACGGUGUACGGCCACUGCCGCCGUUAAAAAUCCGAGCACACGAUCGCGAUCGCGGCAGUAUAGUACUUAGCAGUUCGACAGUAGUUUUCCGCGCGUACACGUGUCCCGGUGCAUCGCGUGUAUGUGGGUACACGAGAAAUAUAAACAUUUUUACUAUAUUAUCGACACUGCAGGGUCCGAUUUACGUACGAAAAUCGCGGUGUUCGGUGUAUAAUAUAAUAUACGAAAAUAUCGCAUGACGUGCCAUCUCUGCGAUCCGUCCAAAUCAAAUAUUAUAUUAUUCAUAUUAAUAUUAUAACGAUUGUCGUCGUAUUACAAUAUUAUAUUGACGUUUUGAUGGAGGCCGUCGAUGGCGGCAGGCGCGUCAUCCGUCGGUUUACCUACGCAAACGACGGUUUCGGUUUGAUUUCAGUUUCACAAUGAUAAUAAUAUAACGUGGCCGCAACACACUACACCUGAAUUUACAAUACAACAUAAACACGAUAUACCUACGUUAUCAUCAUAAAGAUAACAAAAGACAACUCAAUUUCCGGCCAGUGUUCCUAUUCCUCUCAUCUUCUGGACCAUAACGAGACACAUAUUAUACUAUCUACAACUCGGAGCCACGACCAGCACUCAACAGUAGCAGCAGCAGCAGCGUCAGUACGUCCAAUAACAAUGAUAUUGCAGUUGUAGCGCCAAUCAGACAUCAGUAGUUGACCUCAGUACUGGUACAGUUUAUACAGAAGAAAGUUCAUAAAUAUUUCACGUUUCUAAAUGGAUGGAGUUCAGAGAAAUUUCAGUAUGAUGGCCGAGAAAAUCGAUAGAAUGCGAUGUUUAAGGGAGCGAUGCGACAAUUAUGUCAGACUAAUAAAACUAACACUUGACGAAACGAUAAAAGAACAAAAUUCGCUUUUGGAUGGAUCAGCUAUUCAUAAUAGACUAAAAUAUCUAGGUGUAAUGGAUAAACCUAAAUCAUUAUCAAACGCAUUCAAUACUGAUAAAUAUCAUAAGAAUAUAGAUUUUAAUAACAAAUACAAGUAUUUAGUGUUUGAUGAUGAUUUGGUUUUUAGACAACAUAAAAAAAAAUCAAACUUAAGUACAAACGAUAUGUAUUUAUCAAAUGGUUAUAGCAGCUACAAUACUAACUAUAAACCACGAGUUCAUGACUUUUCAACGGUAUAUGAUGAUCAGAAUAACACAUAUUAUAUGCCAAUCAAUUCUAAAAAAUAUGGAAAAACCGUGAACUUUCGAACACCGGAUACUCAAGAAUACCAAGUAUAUUAUUUCCCUACAUCAAAACCUAUAGCUCAAUAUCCUCGACAAACUACUGAGAGAUUUUACAGACGAAAACCUAUUAAGCAAUACCCAAAAGAAGAAGUUCCUUAUUGGCCAACACGGUAUCCAAAGCCAGUGAGAGUUAUCGAACGAGAGCCAUCUUAUUCAAUGAUCGAUUACGGUUACCGAAGUACAAAUGAUUAUCGCAUUGGUAAAUCAAAUAUUCAGCCAUAUACACCUGAACAUCGUUCAAGAUAUUAUCCAACAAAUGACAAUAAUAUUUAUCACGGUCAUGAUGAUAGUGAUUAUUAUUAUGAACCUCAUUUGGGGCAGCGAUCGUUUUCUAGUAUAACAAGACCAUGUUCACCCGUAUAUCAUCGAGAUAUUUUGUGUGAUAGAACUCAAAUAGAAAAUUCCAGCAGUUUACUAGAAAAAAAAAUCCGAGAUUAUGUAUGGAACCCACACAAAGAACGUAUUGAAAAGUAUACGAUUCCAAGUUAUGAAAAAUCCACCUAUUAUACCGAUUUCAAACCAUUAAACAUUAAACACCAGCGAGAUGAAACAUUCAGAACACGUUCACCAUUAGGACUAGAUUACCGGGCACGCAAUAGAAAAAACGAAGUAACCAAAGAAAGUGCGUAUAAAAAAAACUCAAUACUUACGACGUCACCAGAAAGAAGAUCUGCAGAUGACGAAUAUAUUCAACCGCACAAAGACAAUAAUCAUUAUUCUGAAUCUACAAUAUAUAAAAAAAAAACUGAAACACCUUCGAAUUUUUCCAAGCGAAUUAGUUUUGAUCUCGGUAAUGAACAUAUUGAUCUACCUAAUCAUACAAAUUCAAUUGAAGAAGAUACUAAUGAAAAUUAUAACACGAAAGACCAUAAAUUAGUUUUGGGAAGAAAAGAAUCAAAUGCGAAACUCGAUGAUAAGCGUCGAACAUCGUUGUCGACAAAAGAUGAUUACUCAGUUUCUAUAAGCAAACAAAAGAUUUCACCAAGUCAUACAAAUGUAAGCUCAAGAAAACAAUCUUUAAGUAAACAAGAAAAGUUAGCUUCAAUUGGAGAUUCUUUUGAAUCUGAUAAAUAUAUAAAUUUGAAAAAUAAUUUUCAAGGAAAUGAUUCUAGUUUGUCAGAAAAAAACGUACAUUCUUACAAUAAUGAUAGAAUAAAGUAUGAUAAUAAUAAUGAUAUUCAGAUUUAUCCGAAGACACAAGAUGAUAAAAACAAUGUUAUGCUUAAAGAUAUAUCAAAUGAAAAUACAUACCGUGAUCUCAGACGUGAUAGCAAUGAAAAUACCAAAAAAAAAUUUAUCGAAGCAACAGAAAAAACAAAUUUUGGUUUUCAAGAUCACAUAGAAAAUACCAUAAAUAUAAAUGAUAAAUCAAAUAUCACUAAACGCAGAGAAAGUUACAAGGGCGAACAGAAGUUGAAAAAAGAAAAUACUCAUGGUAGUACAACAAGUUCGAAUGGAAUGGAUAAUAAAUUAGAGAAUGAAUAUAAUAACAAAAAUGGUACAAAUGUAUCGUCUAAAAGUAGAAUUAGCUCACCCAUAGUUGAUCAUAGUAAUGGCAACAGUAAUGUGAACGAAUAUGAAACUGAUUAUCAACAACAAUUUAAUAAUAAAAAUGAUAGUGUGGAAAAACAAAACAGUUCUGAAACUAUUCAACCAUAUAAUGCUGUUAAUGAUUCAACCAAUGAAAUAGAUAUUACUAAUACCGUAACACAAGUAAGUUCUGAUUUCAAAACAAUUCCAAAAGACCAAGAACCAUUGCAUGAUAUUUCGAAUAAUGACCUUACGAAUAAUACAAACUAUUAUCAAGAUCACCCUGAUGACGACGACACAAAGGAACCCCCAACUCAUGAGUAUGAGACACAACCGGAACAUGUUGCUAACGACGAACACUUUUAUACAGACGAGCUCGUUGACGGUAACAAAGAAGUCGUAAUAAACAACAACAUUGAACCCAUUCAACAAGACGAAUUUGAUGACAAAAACAAUGUACACGAUGGGUAUUAUUAUCAAAACCCUGCGGAUGACAAAAAAGAAAAUCUAACAGAAAACCAAUACGAGAAUCCCGAUUCUCAAGUAAAAGAUGUCGAAAAACAACAAGCUGAUGAUGAUUAUUACUAUCAAAACUAUUCUAAUGUUGACCAACAAGAACAACCAGAAAAUCAAUAUUCCAAACCGGCUGUAGAAGGAGAAUAUACAGAUGAGCACGUUGAGCACGACGAUUAUUACUAUCAAAAUCAUGCUAGAGAUGAAAUAAAAGAGCAACAAGGAGAUCAACAGUAUGUUGACCCUAACUAUCAGGAAAAUUACGUUGAUCAACCACCGGCUCACGAUGACUAUUAUUAUCAAAACUAUUCAAAUGGUGACCCCAAAACACAACCAGAAAAUCAAUACACCACCGAAUCUGAUCACCAAGGAGAGUACGUAGCUGAGCAAAAUAUGGUCCAUGACGAUUAUUAUUACCAAAAUCAUCCAAAGGAAGGUAAAAAUGAAAAUCAAGUUGAUCAACACUAUCAAGAGCAUCAAGGAAAUUAUGCCAAUGGAGAGCAAGACAAUUAUUAUUACGAGGAUAAUUCUAAUGUUAACACAGAAAGGCAUCCUGAAGACCAAUAUGACGAAAAUGCUCAACAGGAAACAUACACAGGUGAUCAGCACACAAAUGACGGUUACUAUUAUCAAGAAGGCAACACAAAUUACGACAAGACUGUCCCAAAAGAACAAUAUGAUGGUUAUGUUGAUAACAAUCAGGACGCAAAUGCAGCUUACUAUACAGACCCAAAUGUCGAAAAUUAUGACCAACAACAACAUGAUUAUGAAAACGAUAGUUACCCAACACAAAAAUCAGAAUAUAUAGAACCAUAUGAACAAAAUUCUAACAAUGAAAAUAAUGGUUAUUCCGAAAACAUCGAUGAAAGUCAACCAACGAGUCAAAUUGCCAACGAACAAAAUUAAUUUUACCUUAAACGAGCACAGAGAUUAAUUAGGAAAUAAUAUUUUAAUACAAUAUUACUAUAUAUUAUUAAAUAUAAAAUAAGUAAAAUUAAUAUUAAUAUUUAUUUACAGAAAAAAAGUAAUCCGGUCUUGUUACUAUUGUUUUAAGUGAAAUUGAUUGUAAAAUAAAUCGUAAUAUUGAAUCAUUUAGUACAUUUAUUUUUAUAAGGUUAAAAUGAUUGAAUAUUUUUGUUGU